GUAGCCGUAAAACGUCAACAGUGAAACGCGUGUUCCUUUUCAGAGCUGAGUUAAAUGAAUUAAAUUUGCGCUCGGAUUUUUAUUUUUGCGAACUUUAUUAAUUUUCUCUCGACAUUUAAUCAUAUUUACCCUCCUGAAACGACAGCGGAGAGGUUUAGUGAAAUUAGCUGCUGUGAGACUUGAGUGACUUCCCUGGACAGACAGGCAAAGCUCUGCAGGAAUGGCUGGAAUUCUGUUUGAGGAUAUUUUUGAUGUGAAAGAUAUCGAUCCAGAUGGGAAGAAGUUUGACAGAGUGUCUCGACUUCACUGUGAGAGCGAGUCUUUCAAAAUGGAUCUCAUCCUGGAUGUGAAUACUCAGAUCUAUCCUGUUGAUCUCGGAGAUAAGUUCAGGUUGGUAAUAGCCAGCACACUGUAUGAGGACGGCACUCCAGAUGAUGGAGAGUACAACCCUCAGGACGACCGACCGUCCAGGGCGGAUCAGUUUGACUAUGUGAUGUACGGAAAGGCGUAUAAGAUCGAAGGUGACGAGACGUCGACUGAAGCAGCUACACGACUAUCUGCCUAUAUAUCCUAUGGUGGUCUCCUCAUGCGACUACAGGGGGACGCCAACAACCUGCACGGGUUCGAGGUGGACUCCAGGGUCUACCUACUCAUGAAGAAACUUGCGUUCUAAGAGAAGCUGCCUCAUUCUGCCCUGAGGAACGACAUCGCCCUCCGGUGGAAGAACCGCCGCUCACCUCUUAGAAUUAAGAGCUGGAAAAAUGUGUUUUCUCUUCUGUUUAUUUUUUAAGUUUGGAAAAAUUAGAGCAUAAAUGCUAAUUAUGUAAAUAAAACUGUUUUUAUAA